AUGCCUGGUCGUCUACAGAACAGGGUCGCCCUCAUCACCGGCGCGGGAUCCGGCAUCGGCCUGGAGUGCUCCCUGCUGUUCGCGCAGGAAGGCGCCCACGUCGCGCUCGUCGACGUGAACGAGCAGGCCGUGCAGAAGACGCACAAGCUGAUCGGGGAGCGCUACCCGAACGUCCGGUCGCUCCCCAUCAAGGCCGACGUGAGCAACGAGGCGAGCGUGAAGGACAUGGUCGACCAGACCGUCCGCGCCUUCGGCCGACUCGACAUCAUGUUUAACAACGCGGGGAUCAUGCACCCCGAGGACGACAACGCGCUGAACACGGAGGAGCGCAUAUGGGACCUGACGAUGAACAUCAACGUGAAGGGCGUGUGGUGGGGGUGCAAGUACGCGAUCCUCGCCAUGCGCAACAACCCCACGGACGAGAGCAAGGGUCUCCACACCGGCGGGAGCAUCAUCAACACGGCGAGCUUCGUCGCCCUGAUGGGCGCAGCGACGCCCCAGCUUGCCUACACUGCUUCGAAGGGUGCUGUGCUCGCCAUGACACGGGAACUCGCGAUGGUUCACGCAAGAGAAGGCAUCCGGGUCAACGCUAUCUGCCCUGGUCCGCUGAAGACCCCCCUCCUUAUGGACUUCCUCAACACCGAGGAGAAGAAGCAGCGCCGUCUCGUGCACCUCCCGAUGGGUCGCUUCGGCGAGGCCAUCGAAAUCGCGCGGGGCGCGCUCUUCCUCGCGAGCGACGACAGCAGCUAUGUCACCGGAACCGACUUCUUGGUCGACGGAGGCCUCUGCUCCUCCUAUGUGACGCCUCUCGGGGAGCCGGUCCUCCCGCCCCCGGCGAGCCUUGUUUGA